GAUCACAUGACCAAAGAGAGCGGAAGACAUUUUGUCGGCUUGGUAAAACAGGCCGUAUAAAAAUAUUCCAUUCAAAUUUGGAAUUUAUUAUAGCAUUUUGUGAUGUCUUCUGUUUAGUCCUUCUAAAAUGGCGCUUAAGAAAGUGAAAGGGACUCUUGAGCGGGUUCUUGAUAAGAAUUUACAAGAUCUUGUUAGAGGGAUUAGGAAUCAUAAGGAAAAUGAGAGCAAAUACAUAGCAGAAUGUAUAGAUGAAAUCAAACAAGAACUCAAGCAAGAGAAUCUGGCCAUCAAAGCCAAUGCAGUGAACAAACUGACAUAUCUUCAAAUGUUGGGCUAUGACAUCAGUUGGGCUGCUUUCAAUAUAAUUGAAGUUAUGAGUUCCACCAAGUUUACAUUCAAGAGAAUAGGCUAUUUGGCAGCAGCACAGUCAUUCCAUGAAGGCACAGAUGUACUCAUGUUAACUACAAAUAUGAUAAGAAAGGAUAUGAGCAGUCAAAACAUGUAUGACUCUGGUGUUGCACUGAAUGGUCUAUCAUGUUUCAUCACUCCAGACUUGGCCAGAGAUUUGGCUAAUGACAUCAUGACUCUGAUGACCUCCUCCAGACCAUAUUUGAGGAAAAAGGCUGUGCUUAUUAUGUACAAAGUAUUUCUAAAAUUCCCAGAAGCUUUGCGGCCAGCAUUCCCAAGGUUGAAGGAAAAGUUAGAGGACCCUGAUCCUGGUGUGCAAUCUGCAGCUGUCAAUGUCAUCUGUGAACUAGCCAGGAAAAACCCACAAAAUUAUUUGUCUCUGGCACCACUCUUCUUCAAGUUAAUGACUACAUCAACUAACAAUUGGGUUCUUAUAAAGAUUAUAAAGUUGUUCAGUGCUCUGACUCCUUUAGAGCCCAGGCUGGGAAAAAAAUUGAUUGAACCGUUGACUAAUUUGAUUCACAGUACAUCAGCAAUGUCUCUGCUCUAUGAAUGUAUCAACACAGUAAUCGCUGUUCUCGUUUCUAUAUCUUCAGGCAUCCCAAAUCAUACAGCUUCCAUACAGCUCUGUGUUCAAAAGUUGCGCAUUUUGAUAGAAGAUUCAGAUCAGAAUCUAAAAUACUUGGGUUUGCUGGCAAUGUCCCGUAUUUUAGCGACACAUCCCAAAUCUGUUCAAGGACACAAAGAUUUGAUACUGCAGUGUCUUGAUGACAGAGAUGAAUCUAUUAGACUGAGAGCCCUAGACCUACUCUAUGGAAUGGUGUCCAAGAAAAACUUAAUGGAGAUUGUCAAAAAGCUGAUGGUCCAUAUGGACAAAGCAGAGGGCUCACAUUACAGAGAUGAACUUUUAUCCAAGACAGUAGAGAUUUGUAGUCAGUCCAAUUACCAAUACGUCACAAAUUUUGAAUGGUAUGUUAGCAUAUUGGUGGAGCUAACAAGAAUGGAGGGCACAAGGCAUGGUCGACUUAUAGCUAAUCAAAUGCUUGACGUAGCCAUAAGGGUUCAAGCUAUUCGACACUUUGCCGUAUCACAAAUGGCCAUCUUGCUAGACAAUUCACACAUACUUGCUAACAACUCUCAAAGAAAUGGUAUCUGUGAGGUUCUGCAUGCUGCUGCCUGGAUCUGUGGAGAAUUUUCAGAGCACUUGAACAAUCCCAAGGCCACUCUAGAAGCAAUGCUUAAACCAAAGAUCACAUCACUGCCUGGUCACAUCCAGUCCAUAUUUGUCCAAAACAUUCUCAAACUGUAUGGCAAGAUUCUGAAAGCUGCGGAGGCCAAGGAAGAUGAGACACUGAAAAAAGAAGUUCACGCUUUGCUGCAAGAGAAGUUGCCAGUUUUCAUUCAAAGUGGUGACCUAGAAGUGCAGGAAAGAGCCUGCAGCAUUCUUCAGAUAGUCAAGUACAUUGUCAAGCUGGAGGAGAAAGGAGCUGCAGUAGCAGAUGAGGUGGAAAGUCUAUAUGCUGGGGAGUUAAACCCAGUAGCACCCAAAGCUCAGAAGAAAGUACCUAUACCAGAAGGCCUAGAUUUAGAUAAAUGGAUUAAUGAGCCUGUGGAAGACAGCUCUGAUGAGGAAGUUGGUGGUACAGCUUUCUUCCUUGCAACAGAUGACCAGCAUAGGUCUUCUUAUCAAUAUGGUGAAGAUGUUAAAUCAGCUUAUGAACCUACAGAGGAAGAGAUUGAAAAGAGACGUGAAAUCAGGAAAUCUGAAGUGGAACACAAUCCCCACUACUUGAAAGAUGAUGGCAAGUCAAAGAAGAAGACUAGAACAGUGGACUCCAUGGAUACCAAGAACAUUCCAGUGGCAGAAAUUGAUCUCUCCAUACCACUACAUGUUCCAGGGCUGUCAUCAUCUGAUAAAUAUAUGAUGCUACAGCAGCAAGCUGAUCAAAGCAAGCGUGGAAAGAAAGACAAGAGUAAGAAGAAAAAGAAGAAAGGAAAAAAGAGUAAAAAUGUGGAGGAGUCAGAAGAUGAUGAAGUGCCCACUGUCCACUCUGUCAGCACAGUAGUGGAUGCUCCAGAGGGUGUUGAUGUCUCUGACAAUGAUGAUGACAAAAAAGGCUCAGAUGCUUACAAAGCUCUGGAUAUCAAUCUUGAUGAACCACUUCGUGCUGAUGAAAUACUUCCAGUCAGAACACAUCAUAUAGUGUUAGACUCUCCCAAAACUGAAGUGGUGCCUGAAAAAGAAAAAGUCAAAAAGAAGCACAAGAAAGAGAGAGAGAAAAAAGAUAAAAAAGGAAAGAAAGAUAAAAAGAAGCACAAAAAAUCUGAAACUAAAGACAAUGGGCCAUCAUUGUUAAUAACAGAGUCUAGCUACGUCCCUGAAAUAGUUAAAGACAUGGAUGUACCAGAAGAGAAUGCCAAGAAUGAAAUUAAAACUGUGAUAGAAGCUCCUACUAAAGAGAAUGGUGAUGACUUAAACUUCUGGUUAUCCAAUGACACCCCUAAUGGUCCAUCCAAAGAAUCACCAGCUCAUUUAAAUGGUCCCACUGAAAAUGCAACAAUUUCUCCAUCCAAACCUAAGAUAGCUGUAGAAAAUGUGAUUUUGACAUCUGAAGAAGAAGAUGAACAUAUAGAAGAGAAGCCCAAAAAGAAAGAGAAAAAAUCAAAAAAAGGCAAAGUCAAAGAGAAGAAGAAGAAAGAGAAGAAGAAGUUAAAAGAUAGACGUAGUGAAUAUGAAGAGGCAGAUGGAACAACUACACCUUCUAAAGAAGCCAUUAGUCUAUCUCAACUACCCACACCUAAUGAUGUCAAACUACCACCAAUGACCAGUUACCUCCCACUAGCAGAAAAUAAAGCCAUCAAGUUGACAUAUGAGACUCGCAUCAACCACCAGAGAAGUGACCAGAUUGUUGUGUCAGUAGUGUUCACUAACUUGACUACAGACACUAUUAAAGAUUUGGAAUUUAGUGUGCUGGACACUCUUAACAUUCGGCUUAUCAGAGGGAUAGGCCAAAAGUCACAUGAUGCUGUCAAAGUUCCUUUCGUUCUUUUACCUGAAGCCCAGAAUGAAGGACAGUUUGCCUUCUUAAUAGACAAAAUCACAAUGCCUCAAAAGUUGAGAGGAACACUGACCUACAUAUUAAAGUCAGGUGAUGGCUCCACACAAGACAAAGUGGAUUUCAAAAUCAAUCUUCCCUGUAGUACUUACCUAGUGAGCACCUCUAGUACCAGUGACAAUUUUGCAUCACUGCUCAGUAGUGGGGAGAUAACUGAAAAGGCUUCACUUAAAUUUACCCCUUCAGACACCCAGUUGUCUCAUAUGUUAGCAAAAACAUGUUUCUUCCUGCAUUUCACUGUUGUAGAACAAGUAGAAAACAGUGCCUCGCUCUACAGCCGCUCAAUUCAAGGACAUCCAGUCUGCUUACUAGUCAAAUAUACUGAUGGCAGCCUGAGUGUAGAAGGCAAGAGUUCCGACCAGUCAUUCCUGUCUAAUAUCUUAGACGAUUUGAAAGCUUUGUUGAGCCAAUCCUCCUAACAUCAGCCCUCACCCAGCUGCUCAUCUGUGAUACUAGAUAGAGGAGUGCACACUAAGCAACUAUUGCUAAUAGUUAAUGUACACUUAUCUUGUUUGUGUAGUUCUAAAAAGUGAAGUGCAGCCAGAAAGGAGGGGGGGGGGCACCAUGAACAACUUUUUUUCUGUUUUGGCUUUGUCUUAAUAACUUAAGCAUUCCUGUUUGAGUAUAUAAAUACUCUGUAGUGUUGUCUGGUCUGUAUCCUGUACUGUUGUCAGACUGUGCAGUCUUGUGGAGCUGUGGUUACAUUAUAAAGUCUCAUUCUGAUAACAUUUCUUUGUCAAACUGUGCACAAGUUUCUAUGCAACAGUAGAACACUGUCAUGUCGGCCAAAAAAAGGUUCCUAUUGACUAGCUUAUAAAUGAUCCCUCACCAAAACAAAACAUGUAUAUUUAAGUCUGAGUUAGUAUGUGAUAAGAUUACAUUCUUAAAUAGUGUCUGGUAUUAUUAGUGACUUCAUAACUCUUCAUGUUUCAGUGGUUGUCCUUUUGUUCAGAUCUACUGAGACUUAACUCUCAUCAACCAUAUUUAACUUGCUACAUUCAAUUCAUAGAUGAUCCUAUGUAUUGCUCUCAGAGACCAGCCUAUUCAUUAUUGGUAUAUUUAAUAGUUUUUGGCUAAAAUGUGUGUGUUAUGUCUUGUUAGUGAAUACUCUCUUUUUGAGCAUAUAGAUUUAUCCACAUAUUAGUUUCAAAAUAAGAAAAUUUAUUUCGUUUAUUUUAUAAAAAUUUGAGUUAAUUUUUAAAUAGGUUAGUUGUUGUUGUUUUGUUCUAAGAUGAAAAGAUUUGAGUGUCAUUGAAAUGAGCUGUAGUUCAACUUCAUCAUCAUUCACUGGAGGAGUGUGCUCAGGUUGAAACAAACAAACAAAAAGAAUAUAUAUGUAUUAUAUUUACAGCAUGAGAGUCUGAACACAGCUUUUUCUUCAGGCUGUCACUUUUGUUUCAUUUCCAUAUUUGCUUCUAUCAGAAUUGUAGUAGUUGACCUAGCUCAAACUGUAUACAUAUAGUGAGAAACUUGUCUCCCUUUAGAGUUGGGCUUUUGUAAUGCUUUCUUGUUUCCCACACUCCUAAUCUUGCCACAGUGUUAAGUUAGUUGACAGUGUAGUGUAGGUCUUGGUUUACAUAAUCAGCUAUCAGUAUUGUUUAGCCAGCUUUCCUUUUGAAGUAGCUCCACUUGUUUGUAAUAAGGCUAUGAAGUUAUUACCAGAUUUGACUAUAUUGGAUGGCUUCUCAAUUUGUCUUACACUGUAAUGCAUCGAUCACACUUUCAAAUAUUUUUUUUGUUCUCUUAGAGAAAUGUUUUGUGUUUAUUCUAAGUUAAUCUCUCUGUUUAACUUCCUAUGUUCACUUUCUAUUCAACCAUGUUGGGUCUUCCUGAGUUCUUGUGGUCUAAUUUUUUUUCUUCAUCAUUCAGGCCAAUCAGAUUUUUUUUUUAAUGCUUGUAACUUGUACACAAUAGAGAUUUUUUACAAUUUUGUGUAUCGUUGGUGAAUUCUUGUUCUUUAUUUGUGUGACUGCAUUAUCUAGUUAGAUUUGACAUUGUUCCUCAUGGUUGUGAAUAAGGAUUCAAAAGAGAACCUGUAUUGGAAAAUAAAUAUAAUAUGUAGGUCUGUCUGUGGGGAAGAUUCACAUUUCUGAUGGUGUUGCUACUAGAACCUUUUGAUGGAAGAUAAGUCAUAUAAAACCUCAGGUCUUUGCCAUAUAACUAUCUGUCUGUUAGAUAUAACAGACUUUAAAGAUGUGAAUAUUUGCUUCUGUGUUUCUUUAUUUUAACAUUUUUAAAUGCUAAUGGUUACAAUGUAUAGGUCAAGUUUUUUUUUAUUAUUACAAUAUUAAUUCAACUAAAAUAAUUGUUUUCAUGGGAAAGCACAGUUCUUAGCUGUUGUUGCAUUUGUUACUCUAGCGUUUGUUUGUUGUUUUUUUCUCUGUGUGUGUUUGAAAGCAACAAAUCACAAUGAUUACUUCUUGAUAAUGAAUGAUCAGUCUCUCCCUCUGUGCAAUGGGUUCUUUGCACUAGGUCCUUACUUCUUGAUAAUGAAUGAUCAGUCUCUCCCUCUGUGCAAUGGGUUCUUUGCACUAGGUCCUUACUUCUUGAUAAUGAAUGAUCAGUCUCUCUCUCAGUGCAAUAGGUUCUUUGCACUAGGUGCCAACCUACAAUGGCUAGUGCUUAUGAAACCAGAAAUGUCAGAGCAUUAUUUUACACUUGCAUUGACUUUGUACUUUUGCCUGUCAGAAUUUAUUUUUUAUGUGUGCUGUUUCAAGUUCAUUGUAAUGUGUUUGAAACAAAAAGUUGUAUUGUUAAUUCAUUGGAAAAUAGACUGAGCUGUGUCUAUAUAUAUUAUAUAUAUAUAUAAAUAAGAAUCCUAUUGUUUACAUAUAUUUAUCACUAUCAAUGUUGUAUUGAAUCUGUCCAGUUGAAAUAAUCAGCUAUGCUUGAAAUUAAACAUUUGAGUACAUAUGUACAUUGGAAUCAUUCAGACAAAAAAAAUAAAAAUGUACAAACUGAA